AUGGGCAGUCGAAGGCACCGACUAUCUGCCCGGACAAUACAGCAGAUAAUGGUUCUUAAGGAUACAAUAUCUCAAGAGGAAGAACAGGGUCUAGACUACCUAGUUGCUCAAUUAGGGGAGGAUGGAGAGCCAAUUGACGAGGUUAAUGAUCUUUUUGAGCUUCCAGCCUCGUUAGAGCAUACCUUCGAUAUAGAUGAGGAGAACCAGACUACAGAAGAAGAGUCGGAGGAAGAGGUCCAGGAGGAGCGUCAAUUGCCACCUCGAAAGCGCCAGCGUCCUCAGCGCUACCGUGAUAAUUAG